AUGGCGAGGAGCAAAUCAGUGAGAGAGCAACAGGCGUUUAUUGAGUCUCACGUACUUACGUAGUGUAUAGUGAUAGCAGUAGUAGCAUUCAUGGCGUCGUCGUCGUCGUCAUGGCUCGUGCUGCUCUCAGCCGCGCUCUGCAUCGGCGCGCUCCCGGCGUCGCACGCCGCCCGCGCCUUCUUCGUCUUCGGCGACUCCCUCGUCGACAACGGCAACAACAACUACCUCAUCACGUCGGCCCGCGCCGACUCGCCGCCGUACGGCAUUGACACCCCCGACCACCGCGCCACCGGGAGGUUCUCCAAUGGCAAGAACAUGCCUGACAUUAUCAGUGAGCACCUGGGAGCUGAGCCGGUGUUGCCGUACCUGAGCCCGGAGCUGGACGGCGACAGGCUGCUCGUCGGCGCGAACUUCGCGUCGGCCGGCAUCGGCAUCCUGAACGACACCGGCGUGCAGUUCGCGAACAUCAUCCACAUCGAGAAGCAGAUCAGGUACUUCGAGCAGUACCAGGACCGGCUGCGCGCGGUGGUCGGCGACGAGCAGGCGAAGAAGGUGGUCGCCGGGUCGCUGGCGCUCAUCACGCUGGGCGGCAACGACUUCGUGAACAACUACUACCUCAUCCCGUACUCGCCGCGGUCGCGGGAGUUCUCGCUGCCGGACUACAUCCGGUACAUCCUCUCGGAGUACAAGCAGGUGCUCCGGCACAUCCACGCGCUGGGGGCGCGGCGGGUGCUGGUCACCGGCGUCGGGCCGAUCGGGUGCGUGCCGGCGGAGCUCGCGCUGCACAGCCUCGACGGCGGGUGCGACGCCGAGCUGCAGCGCGCGGCGGACGCGUACAACCCGCAGCUGGUGGCGAUGCUGGCGGAGCUCAACGCGGAGGUCGGCGGCGACGUGUUCGUCGGCGUGAACACCAAGCGCGCCCACGACGACUUCAUCGAGGACCCCAGGGCGCACGGGUUCGAGACCUCCACGGAGGCGUGCUGCGGGCAGGGCAGGUUCAACGGCAUGGGCCUCUGCACCCUCGUCUCCAACCUCUGCGCCGACCGCGACUCGUACGUCUUCUGGGACGCCUUCCACCCCACCGAGCGCGCCAACCGCCUCAUCGUACAGCAGUUCAUGCACGGCUCGCUCGACUACAUCACCCCCAUGAACCUCAGCACCAUCCUCAAGCUCGACCAACAAGCUCAACUCCGCAACUGAUCAAUAUCUCGCCACCAUGAUUACAACCUGCAUGCAUUAUUGCAAUCAAUCAGAAUGAUCGUCAGAUCGAUGGAUUGAUCUCUCUCCGUAAUUUACUGUCAUUUGGAUUUUUCAAGUGUUCGACGUACGUACUCUACGUACGUCCGUGAUUAGUUUUAGUUUUUGCUAGAUAUAUAGCGUCCACAUAAACCAUAUUUGAGCUUAGCUCGAUCAUCAUCCGGUCAGAUCGAUUGCUCAUCAGCUAGUGUGUUUAAUUACUCCUACAUAUGUACUGUGUUGUGUAUGUACGUGGUGUUCUUGUUUUGAAUCACAUAUCAUUAUUGAUAGGUUUUUAAUUAAUCUUUCAGAAUUAAGGAA